AAAAGGGCGGAUACGAAACAGAAUCGAGAACUAUGAAAUUUGUUAUCAAAUCCAGUAUGAAGAACGCUGUGAUUUGUUUGCUAACACUUGGUAUCGUACAGACUAAAAGUGAGGGCAUGAAUAAUGUACAACGCAAGAUCGAAAAACACACGGAAAGAUUCUACGAUAAAUUUGGACUUUGCAGCGAGGCUGGCUACAAACGUAACGAUACGGACGCUACUCAAUUUUACAGGUGCGUCGAUUUUUACGGAAAAGGGAAAAACUUUGUCGUGUUUAAAUUUGCAUGCCCACCUGCACUUGAAUUCGAUGAGAAGCUCUUGGUUUGCGUUUUGCCAAAAGAAGCACCCAUUCCUACAGCACUAACCUUCAGCUCAAAUGCUCAAAAUUCUGUUUCAACUGAGCUCCCUUCCUCUCCAGCUGACCCUGAAGCCGACAGCUUAACACUCCUUCCUCCACCCACAUCCACCAGCGCUGUUGGCGGACCUGACACUCUACUGGAGUCAACAUCCGUCAGACUUCCAGCAGAGUCGUUUCUACUCUUAACAGAUUCCUUGCAACCUGUCGCAUUACAAACGAGUCCCUCAAAUUCAAAUGAUCAAGUGCUUGAAGCUAUUGAAAAAGUGGUGGAAACCGCCGACAUCGUAAAGCAGACAAUGGAGAUGGAUUGCAGCUCACAAAAAUUCUACCGUCUUCCCAAUUCCGAUUGCAAUCGAUUCUACCAAUGUUACUUGAAAUCUAUUAGUAUUUUUGCAUGUGCCCCAGGGUUGAUUUUUGAUGAGGCUACGGCAAAGUGUUCCCUACCAGAGGAGUCCGGCUGUGAGCAGCACGUGAUGAAUCCUAUUGCUGAUGAAUUACCCGAUUUCCUUGAAAUUGACUGUUCGUCGGGUGUUCUACGCCGAUACCCGUUUGAUUGCCGAAAUUUCUAUCAAUGUUACGACAACGGUAGUGCAAAAUCUUUGUUGUUUUAUUCUUGCUCAGCUGGACUCAUUUUCGACGAAGAAUCAAACAACUGCCUGCGUCCUUACGAAACGUCUCCAUGCUUUGCAAAUGGCCGCCAUUUCAAACCCUCCCCACUUGACUACCACCUUCAAAAACUUUUCCUUUCACUACCAAACGUAUUUACCAAAUAGUUUUAACCAGCAAAUAAGCCAAGCAAGGGGCACAUAAACCAAGUA